AAGUUGAGUUAAGCUUUUCAUACAUCUUGUAUUUAUCGUGCAAGUCGCCAGUUGAUGUAAACCAAGACAUUGAAUUUCACAACUUUCGGACACUACCAAACUUGUUCUUAGUUUAAUCCGAACUUUUAACAAUAUAUAGCAUCUUCCUCCUUAGCCUAAAUCGCCUCAACAUCUCCUUAUUACAUCCUUCGAACCACUUGUGGUUGGCUAGCGAAACAUGGGUUCAAAUCGAUGUGAUCAAGGAUCGGGAAAAGAGCGGUUAAAGUGGACUCAGGAACUUCAUGAUUUGUUCGAAAAGGCUGUUAAUCAACUUGGUGGUCCAGAUAGGGCAACACCAAAGGGUAUAUUGAAGGCCAUGGGGAUAUCUGGACUUACUAUCUAUCAUGUUAAAAGCCACUUACAGAAAUAUAGAAUGUCCAAAUUUGUCCCUGAAUCAUCAAGAAGAGAGAAGGUUGAGAAAAGAAGCAUAUCUGAAAUGUUUCCAAACUUCAGUGUAACAUCUGGCGCUCAGCUAAAUGAAGCAUUGCAAAUGCAAAUGGAAGUUCAAAGGCGAUUAAAUGAUCAACUUGAGGUACAGAAGAACUUGAAACUGAAAAUUGAAGCACAAUCAAGAUUUCUUGAGAAACUCACAGAGGAUCACAAAUUCAGAACACAUUUCAACAAAAUCAACAAGAUGUCUCCAACAUCUCUACCCUCUCUAUGUGAUGUUUCUGAAUCAAUCAUGAAGGACUACGAAUCUGAUUCGGAAGUGGACACAAAUGAGAUGAGAUAUAGACAAGAUAAACGGUUCGCAAAAAGGGCUAGGAUUGAUGGAGAUGAUCUUGCAUCUACUCAAAUAUUCAAACAUCCUUCACUCAACACUCAAAGCAUUAUCAUUCCAAAAGGUGGUGAUUCGUUUCAUUCCCAAGACAACAUAUUUCCAUGGGGUUUAGCCUUUUGCCAAUCGCCGUUGAUUCCCACAUCGUAUAACUCUUUUGGAUAGAACGUACAUUGUUCGUUCGCUAUAUAUUAAGAAUUUGUGCAAGUUGUAUGGUAUUGUACUUUAAAUAACCUAUCUUCUUAUCUUUGUUAAUAAGCAUGAAAUUCAACAAGUAUUACUUACUGAUCAAGAUGUGGUUUUUUUGGUA